AUGCUCCGAUCACGAAGACGACUGUUACUGUGGAUUGUGGGGCUCAUCGCCUCGAUUGUGUUCAUCUCGCGGACAGCCUAUGUCGUCGCGAACCGGCGCGCCGACAGCCGAGCGCUCGCCUCGCUCGAGAGGGCCAUGACCUCGCUUGAACACCCGGAAUCACCGCUUUCGCUCGAAGGGAACAGGAAGAUUCUCAUCGUGCAACACGUUCGGGGAAAACGUAUUGACAUGGCGAGCGAGCUUAGCCACAAGCUGUACGCCAAGGCGUGGGGGUACCGGCACAAGACGACGGGCGGGAACUACUGCGGCCGGAAUGUUCAUGGCAGUUUCAACAAGGUGUACACCGAUGCGGAUACGAUCGUUUCAGACCCGUCGGUGGCGAUCCACGUCCUCCUCCCUCCGGAAAAUACGACGCCUGAGCCGCUGCUUUUGGGAUCGCAAGAUCACAACGGCUUCAACGCGGGCGUUUUCCUCAUCCGCGUGCACCCGACGAUGCUGCAGUUCCUCGAGGACCUAAUCAGCGACACGAAGCUGCCGGGCAAGCUGAGCGACCAGCACUAUAUGGGUUUCCGUCUGCGGACGCAGCCGAAGUACUCGGACCACUUCUACGAGAUCCCCAAGCAGUGGCUGAACGCGUACUGGAUCGAUGAGCUCGGCCGCAAACCGUGGCGCCCGAUGCUGCACGUGCACCUCGUCAACUGGCUCUCGGAGAGCGUCUCGUGGCGGCCCAUGAUCCGCCAGGCCACCCGUAUCUCGAAGGACGCAAAGGAGGCGUACUCCAAGUCAUACAACGUGAACGGCAACGUGCCCAACAGCAUCUUUGGGUUCGAGCUCCUGCCCCAGUACGCCAUGACGGGCGUCAGCGCGGAGAAGUGGUGGAAGCAGGCUCAGAAUGGCGUCAGGAAGAUGAGGUUCCUCGAUGAGAACGGAGAGGGUUCCAGGAUCGACGGAGACCAGUACAACGAGGACAGGAGCUUCGUCUUGUCACUUGGGCCACCCGCAAUGCUAGCGGUUGUCGCAGAUUACCGUGGUGGUGACGACACUUUGCUUCCGUCCGGCCGCGACCUCCACGACACAGCGCGGGCGAGGUUAGUGACGCGUGCCAACAUUGACCAGUCCAAAACCACCACAACAACCAUGCGUCUGUCCUCUCUGCUUGGACUCGCAGGCGCGCUGCUCCCGGCAGCGCUCGCCGCCAACCCGGGACGGGAACACUGGGCGGAACUGGCCGCGAAGUCGAAGAACGGCAUCAUCACCCUCGACUCGGAGAGCUACGAGGACAUUCUGUCCGGAGACCGCGACUACGGCGUGCUCGUCGAGCUGACGGCGCUGGGGGCCCAGUACAAGUGCAACCCGUGCCACGAGUUUGAGCCGGUGUACCAGGAGCUGGCGAAGAGCUGGCAGCGCGUGCCUAAGGACGCCCGGGAUCACUACUUCAUUGCCGAGCUCGACUUCGCCGACGGACAGUCGGUGUACCAGAAGCUCCAGCUUAACACUGCCCCGACCGUCUUCUACCACCCGCCCAACAAGGGCGAGCGCGCUAGCAAGGAGCGCAAGCAGUAUGACCUGAACCGCGCCGGCCUCGGCCUUCCCAACCUCCACUCGUUUGUCAAGUCCACGACGCCAGUGUCGUUCGAGAUCUACCGCCCGAUGUCUCCCUGGCCGUUCAUCAUCACGCCCUUCCUGAUCGGAGCGGCCGGCUAUGUGCUCUACGCGACGAGCGACUUCUGGAUCCCCGUCGCCCAGUCCCGCAUCUUCUGGGGCGUGCUCAGCAUCAUCGCCGUCACGAUCUGGACCUCGGGCUACAUGUGGAACCGCAUCAAGGGUGCGCCGUACGUGACCGCCGGCCCGAACGGACAGGUCAACUGGAUCGCCCAGGGUUACGGCAACCAGUACGGCCUCGAGACGCAGGUCGUCGCGGUGCUGUACGCCUCGCUCGCCGGCGCCGUCGUCAUCCUCACCACGCUCAUUCCCGCCCAGGCCAACACGAACAAGCAGCGCGUCGGCGUCCUCCUCUGGGUCGCGCUCAUCGUUGUCCUGUACUCGUUCCUCAUCCGCCUGUUCAAGAUCAAGAACGGCGGCUACCCCUUCGGCCUCUUCUAA